UUUUCGUGCUAAGUUAUUAACUUGUAGUUAAUGCACUUUUAUUUAUUCAACGUCUGACAUAUCUGUCAAAAGCUUGCUAUAAAUGUCAAAACCCCUCAUCCAAACCAUUCAAACUUUCUUUGCUUAAUUUUUCUAUCUCUGUCUCUGUGUUUUGGCCUACUUAUUGGAUUCACAAGUUUCUGGGUUUUGCAUAUCAUGAAGCUGGUGGUGUUGCUGCUUCUGACAUUGACCACCUUCACUGCAGCAUCAGAUCCUGAUUCUCUACAAGAUAUCUGUGUCGCAGACCUAUCCUCCGCAAUUAAGGUGAAUGGAUUCGUCUGCAAAAGCGCUUCCGCAGUAAAAGAAACUGAUUUCUUCUCAGCCAUACUAGCCAAACCAGGUGCAACAAACACCACCUUCGGCUCUGUGGUGACCGGAGCCAACGUUGAGAAAAUCCCAGGACUCAACACUCUUGGCGUGUCGAUUUCAAGGAUUGAUUAUGCCCCCGGCGGCCUCAACCCACCUCACACUCACCCACGUGCCACCGAGGUGGUGUUUGUGCUCGAAGGACAAUUAGAUGUGGGGUUCAUCACCACAGCCAAUGUGCUCAUAGCAAAGACCAUAAACAAGGGUGAGAUAUUUGUGUUCCCAAAAGGCUUGGUUCACUACCAGAAGAACAAUGGUUACUGGCCUGCUUCUGUGAUUUCAGCCUUCAAUAGCCAAUUGCCUGGCACAGUGUCCAUUCCUCUGGCUUUGUUUGCAGCCAAGCCACCGGUUCCAGACAAUGUGUUGACCAAGGCUUUUCAGACAAGUACUGAGGAGGUUGAAAAAAUCAAGGCUAACCUUGCACCCAAGAAGUAGGUGGUAGUUGUUCUGAUGUUCCUGUCAUGGGUCUAUUUGCCUUUCCCUUUAAUAUUUGUUGCUUAGUUUUAUGUUUGGAACUCAUAAAGGAAGAAAGAGUUCUAAAGGGGCAUAUUCAUUUGAUGAUUGAAAUUUGAAAGAUCUUUGCUUGCUUAUUGCUUUGGUAAUAAAAAUUUCUAUCAUGGUUAUGUCCA